AGUGGGCCGUCAGGUCAGGUGACGCAGAUUCUAAAGCUCGCUCGCGGACGCGCUCGCAGGGAACGUAAACACGCAGAAUCAUGGAGGCCGCGGAUCCCCGGUCCUCGAGUGACGGCGCGCCGGGGAGCAGGGGAGGAUUCCCGGGGAAGGAGAGCAGCAGUGACCGGGACGGAGGGCGGGCCGGGGGAAGCAGCGGCGGAGAGGGCGAGCAGCGGGACCGGGCCAGCUUCGAGUGUAAUAUCUGUCUGGACACCGCCAGGGACGCCGUGAUCAGCCUGUGUGGACAUCUCUUCUGCUGGCCGUGUCUCCAUCAGUGGUUGGAGACGAGGCCGAGCAGACAGCAGUGUCCCGUGUGCAAAGCAGGAAUCAGCCGAGACAAAGUCAUCCCCCUGUACGGGCGCGGCAGCACCAGCCAGGAGGACCCCAGAUUAAAAACUCCUCCUCGACCUCAAGGACAGAGAACAGAGCCCGAGAGCAGAGGCGGGUUCCAGGGUUUUGGCGACACCGGCUUCCACAUGUCGUUCGGUAUCGGCGCGUUUCCUUUCGGCUUCUUCACCACCAUAUUCAACACCAACAACCCGUUCCACAGACCAGAGCCUCACUUCGCCGCGGAUCACCAGGGCAACGGAAACGGCAACAACGGCAACAACUGGCAGGACUCGCUCUUCCUCUUCCUCGCCAUCUUCUUCUUCUUCUGGAUGCUCAGUGUGUGAAAGUGUGUGUGUGUGUGAGAGAGAGGAAGAAAGAAAGAAAAAAAGAAAGAAGGAGAAGAAGAGAUGUCCCCCCACACACACACACACAUUAUAUAAGAACAGUAUUAAAACACUGUAAUAAAGGUUCAUACAACAUAAUUAAGAAAGUGUUGAGGGGGGGAAAUAACACACACACACACACACACACACAGUGUUUCACGACUUCUGCUUCAUACCAAAGAAAACUUCUUGUUUCUCUCUUUUUCACACACACACACACACACACACACACACACACACACACUUCCUUCAGCACAUUGUUGGUGUAUUUAAUAAGUAUUAUUCACCCCCCCCCCCUUUGGUUCUCGAGUGUCUUAAUCCAGAACCGUUCUAGACGUUUAUCGGUACAGUGCAUUAUGGGUAUUUUGUACAGUCUAGGUGAGUGAAUUAACCUUUCGGGUAAGCUGAAUUUUUCCACUGCCUUGUUUCCAGUGUGUUCAGUUGCAGAAAAGCGAACUAACGCCUCGGAUUAGCAUCAACUUUUCUCUCUUACACACACACACACACACACACACACACACACACACAGUUGAGGCAGAAUAAUAUCCAGCUAGCACUUUCCAAGACUGCCGCGCCAAGUUUCUGGCGUUUCUGAUAGUGACGGUUGUCGUGGUAAUGCAGAAAGCACCAUGCUAGUACAAUUAGCGCUGGAAAGAUGUAGCUAGCUACAAAUGUAUUCCAUAAAUUUAACUCUGGACGGUGUGGCACGUGUUUUCAGAGUAGAUUAAACUUUAUAAGCACUUUGAUACGUAACGAGUCGUACCGCUGUAACGUCCACCACGUAGUCGUUCACGUGAGGAUAAACCUGUUCUUCUAGCGAUCGCGCCACUUCCUGAUGCUAACGUGAAAAUCAGCUCAGAUUUCUUGGUCGAUGAGGUACAAGAAAGUGUUAAAUCAGCUGCCAAUCAUUCUGUUAGUGUUGGUGUUAAAGAUUGUCGUAUGGGAUGAAGCACCUGUCUGCCCCCUUGUGGCGUGUUAGUGAACUGUAACAGCCCUGAUCGUUAUUAGAUCGAUAAGCGGUUAACGUAUAGGAUACAUUACGUAUAAGCUAAAUGAGGAUGCACAGGUGGGGGCGGAGCCUCGGUGUGGCCAGCAGUAGGCACAGUAACAGAAUGUGGGCGGAGCCUAAAUCCAUGUUUAGUUAUGUUAAUUAAACGCACUGCUAGGCGCUUAAACAGUAUAAGAGUUUAACACCGGGGCGUGUCUUUUCCCAGUUGUUCACAUCUUGUGCACGUGUGUGUUACGUGCUGAUAUUGACAGAUUGUUUCUGUUCUCUCUUCCAUAAGAUUGUAGACGUGAUCCGGCGAUGGUGAGCCAUGCAGAAAGCGUUCGUAAUCAGAUACGAACGCGAGGUUUUUUUGUCCACGUGACAGUGGAACGUCAGGACGCUGAGAAUUCUAAGCCAGAGCCUAAGACGCUCCUCACCGCUGGCUAGCUCAGUACGUUAGCUGUUUGGUGUUAGCCUGCUAGCCUUGAUUUGAUUAACGGUCUGAUGAGGUUAGGGAUAACAAGUGAUAAUAAUAAUAAUGAUCGUGAAAGAUAACGCACUUAUAACUAACCAAGCAGACUCGCUCAAGGGGACGCGGACAAAAUGUGUGUGGAACUGGGACGUAUGCGGCUAAUUGUGUGUGCGCGCGCGUACUUUAUCUUCCUGUUGUAUUGCUCGUCUUUUUGACCUAAAUAAAAAAUCAAAUAAAAUAGAAAAAUUAGAGUUAUAUUUGUGUUUGGGUUUUGUGGGUGGAGCUUUUGGACAGAUUGAAAUGGGGGCGGGACUCUUUAAUAAAAGUGAAUAAAUGUUUCCUACUGAAUAUAAACACACACACUGCGCCCUGUUUUUUCUGUUGUGGUGAUUUUCUAGAUUUUGGAUUUGUUCUGUUCGAGUCGGAUUAAAAGUUCUGGUUCUGUUGGAAAAAGUCAAAUCUGUACUUUAUAUUUUAACCUUUACACACUUUGUGUUUUGUUGCAGCCUCUAAGCUGUGUUGAUCAGUAGGUUCAGGUGCGUUAUCUGUAUUUUGUUCUGUCGUGUCCUGUUGUGUCUUUUUGUAAUUAUUAAAUUUAAACAGUGAACCUC